AUGCACCCCCCACCCAUUGCCCUCGACUGGAAGAACAUUGGCUUCAAAGUCCGCGAUGGCAACGGCCACGUCGAAUGCCACUUCUCCCACAGCGGCAGCGGCAAAUGGACAGCCCCGCAAUACGUCAAUUCCCCAACCCUAGGAAUAUCGGGCAUGUCCCCAGCCCUCAACUAUGGCCAACAAGUAUACGAAGGCCUAAAAGCCUUCCGCCACCCGCACAACAACAAGAUAACAGUCUUCCGCCCAGACCGGAACGCCAAGCGCAUGCAAUUCUCCGCUGAGGUGGUAUCUAUCCCACCCGUUCCAGAAGAGCUCUUCAUAGAAUGCGUCCGGCUGGCCGUCGGACUAAACGCCGAAUAUGUGCCACCGCACGAAUCCGGUGCGGCGAUGUAUGUCCGCCCCUUACUAUUCGGAUCAUCGGCGCAGCUGGGGCUUAGUCCGCCGGAUGGGUAUACGUUUGCUGUAUUCGCCAUGCCGACUGGAGUGUACCACGGAGCUAGUGCGGUUGAUGCAUUGAUUCUUGAAGAUUUUGAUCGGUGUGCGCCGUUUGGGACUGGUGCUGCGAAGGUGGGGGGGAAUUAUGCGCCUGUGUUGAGACAUAGUGACCGGGCGCGGAAGGAGGGGUAUGGGAUUACGCUUCAUUUGGAUAGUGCGACCCGGAGUGAGGUUGAUGAGUUUUCGACGAGUGCGUUUAUUGGGGUCAAGAGGGAUGCUGAUGGUGGGGUUACUGUUAUUCAGCCGGAUAGUCGGAAUGCGAUUGAUUCCGUGACUGCAGCUUCUGUUCUGGAAAUUGCGCGGAAGUUGGGUUAUCGGGUUGAGAAGCGGAGGGUUUUGUAUGAGGAAUUGGGGGAGUUUGAGGAGGUUAUUGCUGCUGGGACUGCUGCUGCUCUGGUGCCCGUUGGUAGCAUUACUAUGAAGUCUCGUGCGGAUAAAUUCGAGUAUCGCACUGGGGCUGAGAAGGAGGGUGGGGAGGUUUGUGUUCAAUUGUUGAAGAUGCUUCGGGGUAUACAAUCUGGGACUGUGGAGGAUUCUUGGGGUUGGAACUAUGAGGUGCUGCCACCACCUAAGGGAUGGGCUGAUGAAAACCACGAAAAGACAGAGCAGAAUGGUGCCAAUGUUCCCUAG